AUGCCAGAGAGCGAGGUGUCAACUGCUGUUGCUCAGCCUAGCGACAAUAACAGUGCUCCCACUAAAGACCGAGCUGCUGAGGGGGCUGAACCGCCCGCUAGCGAUAAAGCUGGCUCUACCUCUGCGCCAGCAGCAAGAGCCACUCCCCGCUAUGCCAGCGCAACCGCUACUUCGACUGUGGCUCGGACAACUGCCUCGGCGCGAUCUGCGGCUACUCUGAACAAACAGCCGACUCGCUCGUCCACUUCGGCGCACCGAUCUACCGCCUCCACGUCGACGAUAGGUCAUCGAAGUGCCCCCAGUGUCGGUGCAAGUGAAGAUGACCAGAAACCCAAGUCUGCGUCGCGAAGAGAGAGCACAGUAGUCUCAAACUCAGCGGGAGCCGCAGGAGAGAAGAAAACCGGGGUCACUGGCAGCACUAUAGCGAGCCGUCGAUCUACUGUGGGUGUUGGUGCUGCAAGCCCCAAACCAGCUGCUUCGCGCACUAGAACGGGAGCAUCCGAAUCAGUAGCAGCGAUUCGGGCAGGAUUGACCCGGGGUACUGUUUCGUCGAAUGCCGCUGCGGAUGCGAGGAAAAGAACACCUGCACCUGGUAUAGUGACUGGAGCUUCACGUCCAUCAACAAGAACAUCUGUUCGAUCUGAGGCGCAUCCAGACAGCCCCAAAGUCCUCGACGAGCUCACGUUCAAGCUAGCCGAGAGAGAUAAAGAAAUCGAAUCUCUCAAGGUGGAAUUGGGCACCUUCGAAAGCACUGUAACUGAACUUCGCCAGCAGCUAGAGAGCAGCGGCCAGCAAUCAGACGAGGGCGAAUCUCCAAGUGAGCCCAAGGUCGCGCCAGAUGGCCCGAAACCGGAUUACGAUGCCGUCAUACGUGACCUGGAAGCUCAACUACAAGAGAAAGCCGAGAAACUUCGUACUGUAGAUGACGAGCUUAUUGAGGCUGCUCGCAUCAAAGACGAAGGAGGAGAAGCUCUAGAGGCACUGAAAAAAGAGCUUGAAAAUCUCAAGGUUGAGAAUGAGGAGAAACUCAAAGCAACCGAGGCUCAACUUGAGCAGACCAAACAAGACUAUACUGCCCAAGUUGAGAAGCUGCAAGCCUCCAUUUCAGAUAAAGCAGACUCAGACAAAACAGACGCAGACUUGCGAUUAGCAUUCGAAGCAGACAUUCGAAAUCUUCAGAACCAGGUGAAUGAGCUGACUGCUUCAAAAGCCGACUUGGAAGCGACUAUCAACGCCAUCACAUCCGAGCGCGAUGCGUUGACCAGCAGACUAUCCGAUCUCGAAAAUGAGAUUGCAGAUGUUAAAUCUAAGCUCGCUACAUCCGAGACGGCCGCGAAGAGUGCUGAAGCCAGUAAAGACGAUGGAAAGUCUCUGGUAGCGGAGAUCCAGAGCGAACUCAUCAACCGAGAGACGGAGCUAGAAUCUGCCCGCAAAGUUGAGACUGAGCUACAAGCCACAAUUAGCGACAUGAAAGCCACGCUGACUGGCAGGGAUGAGGAGAUUUCCAGUUUAAAAACAAUGCACGAUGAGCGUUUGAAGCAAAUUUCUCAAGAUUAUGAGAAUGAAAUCGAAAGCCUUCGCGGCGAUGCUUUCUUUAAACGCAAGUUUGAAGAACUGGAAAAGCUGCACAACGAUCUGCAGGCUUCCUUGACCGAAGAAUCAGAGAAGCAUACAACUGCUCUGGCAGAGUCGGAAGAGCGCCGGCUAUCAGCGCUUAACUCACUUGAGUCUAAAGGACGAGAAUAUGAAGAGCAGCUGGCCAAUUUGAGACAUCGUCAUGACGAAGAGCUGGCAGCUGCCAAAACCCAAGCUUUGGAAACAUUGGACGUUCACGCUAAAGAACUAGAGUCUAUCAAAGCUCGAUACGACGAACAACUGCGGCUCGCACUUGCAGAUGGAGAAGCUACAUCGGUAGAGCAAAGUGGGCUCCACGAGAAGGUGCUGGAUGACCUUAAGAAGCUUCACGAGGAAGAAACACAAGGGCUGCUUGCUGCACACCAAUCUACUCUAACGACGACGUCUAGUCAACAUGCAGAGGAAUUGGCUGCGCUGCAUACGAAGCUUGAAGAGGUGGCAGCACAGCUUGAAAAUGCGAAAUCCACGAGUGCGGAGGAGUAUGAAGUCUCAAAGCAGGAAUUGCUUAGCCUACACGCUGCUGAAAUUGAGAAACUCACCACUGCUCACGCAGAUGCUAUGGCUGCACUGAAAGAAGAGGGACUCCAAGUAACCCAAAAACUAGAAGAGCUAACAGUCGCUUAUGCGCAAAUGGAGACCAGCUUAAGCGAAGCCAAGGCUCAGAAGGCGAGCUUCGAGGCUACUCUAGAAGAAGCUAAGUCUCAAAACGCGAGCUCCAGGGCUACUCUAGAUGAAGUCAAAGCUCAGAGUGCGAGCCUGGAGGAGCAAUUGUCACAUCAGACUUCCACAAAUGCAACUCUCCAGGCCUCAUUGAAAACCGCGGAAGAACAACUUUCACUUCAGGCUUCCACCACUGCAACCCUCCAAGCCUCACUGAAAACCGCGGAAGAGCAACUUUCACUCCAGGCUUCCGCUAAUGCCACUCUCCAAGCCUCGUUGAAAGCAGCAGAGGAACAACUAUCACUUCAGGCUUCCACCAAUGCCACUCUUCAUGCUUCACUGAAAGCGGCACAGGAGCAGCUAGUCCUUGUCCAAGCAGAAGCAGAUGACGUCGGCCAGCAGCUUGCUCUAGAAAAAGUAGAGCGAAUGACCGCACUUGCUGAGCUAGACGCCAUUCAGACCGCCAAACCUGAUAUGACAGCUAUCAACACCCUGAAGGCUGAACUUGUUGCAACAACCAAGACGUUCCAGGAGGCCUUGGCUGUUACUAAGGCUGAGUUGAAGUCUACCAAAGAUAACCUUGCCGAUAUGGAAGAGAAAUAUACCGCUACCCGAGAAAGCUUGAUUCUGACGUCCAAGGACUUGGAAGAGCUGCGGAUAACGUCAGAAUUGAAACAGAAGACGGCUCACGCAGAUUAUAGCGACUUGAAUGAUAGCAUGACCACACUAGUGGAAGAAGCCAACAAGAAAGUGAAGGAAGCGGAGAUGAAUGUUGAGCAGCUCAUGAAAAAGCUCGGCGAAGCAGACCUUCAGAAUGACCAGCUGCAAGGUCAGCUACAAAUCAAGGAUGCUGAGUUAGCGGAGGCAGAGGCUCAGGCCGCUCUAUUCAAGUCCACCAGCGGCGGGACUGGUAGUCUAGAUGCAGCAGACAAUGCAGCCGACGGUGAAGAAAUCGAUCACUCUUCAACGGCACUAGCUUUGCUCAGCAAAGUUAGAUUGACUGCCAAACAAGUUGACUCUCUCGACCGAGAGAUGAGGGACCGAAACUUACAGCUCCUCAACUCAAUUACAGAUGUGAAGCUGUCAUCUUAG